AUGGCAUCCGACACCGAAGUAAGUAUAUCCCGGAACACUCCUGAACCACCAACUUUUACAGAAGAUGAAGAUAAUAAUCCAUUUUCUCAUCAGGGAGGUAUAAGCGGAUUUAUAAAUCAAGACGAAGAAGGAGGUGAAGAAUCAUUAUUAUUGGGUAAUUCACGUGCAGUGAAUGAUACAGUAAUAGAUGUACCGAUUAAUGUUGAAAGCCGAGUAACUAAGCUUUUAAAACCGAGUAAAAAGGUAAAGAUUGAAAUUACUGAGGCUGGUAAUUCUAAUGAAGGUAUGGUUAACUCUCUGAAGAAAUAUGUGGUAUAUACGAUUAAAUUAAUUAAUUGUGAAGAUAUUAAGGAAGAAGUAUUAACGAGGCGAAGGUAUAGUGAUUUUGAAAGUUUACGAGAUAUUCUUACUAAGAUAUUUCCUCUAAUUAUUAUUCCUCCUAUACCUCCAAAGAAUUAUCUUAAUUUAACAGUAUUGAAUGGUUUAGUUAGUCAAGCUCAAUCAAUUGAUAAUGGAAAUGGUAAUAGUAAUAAUGGUGAUACUAAUGGAUCUGAACUGCAUCAUCCUCAAUCUCCUUAUUCAUAUAUAAAUUCAACUCAUUUGGCUAAGAAUAAACUAAUUGAACAUCGGAAACGUUUAUUGGCAAAUUUCCUUAAUAAUUGUUUAAAGAUUCCUCGAAUUCGGAAUCUUCAAUUCUUUGCUAAAUUCUUAGAUCCUAAUGCCAAUUGGACUGAUGAAACUGUACUUAUGUCUAGUCAAUUACCUAAAUCCAUCUAUCUUCUGAAUCCUGAAAAUGGUUUAAAGACUGAUCCAAUCUAUGCCAAUCUUCCUAAUCCCAGUAAUGGACCUACUAUGUCAUUCUUUAAAGAUAAUCGAAAGAGAAUUACUAAGAAAAUCUUGAAUGGUGAUAGUACAGCUAAUGGUACUCUGCUGCAUCUUCUGCUGCUGCUGCUGCAGGGUCAAACCAAUGGUAAUGGUAAUGGUAAUGGCAAUGCAGUCAUAGAAAAGACUACUAAUUCAAAAUAUAUUAUUAAUACUUCAGGAUUAGAUGAAAUCAACAAGCGUAUAAUGGCCAAUUAUAUGGGAUUAUCAAAUGAUUAUGCUGAUUUAGGUACCAUAUUCAAUUCCUUUUCCUUAGCAUUAUCGGAAUCAUCUAAAGAAGGUAAGAAUUCUAAAGCUAAUGUAGUAUUUGAUAAGGUAGGACAAGCAUUUGAUAGAUCCUAUAUAACCAUCAAUGGAUUAAUUGGAGAUUUAGAAACUAAAUUUUCUGAACCAUUAGGUGAAGCAGUACAAUACUCGAGUAUACUCCAGUUCAUCACCAAGUACCAGAACCGUAAAUUACGCCAGAAGGAACUAUUGGAUCUAGAAUUAAAAUCCAAGAAAAAGGAGCUUCUGGAAUUACUUCAUACGGAAGAAGAGUCUGGAAGAAUAGAGAAUGCAGUAAACUCUGAUCCUCAAGCUAAGGAUACCAAGUAUAACUUGGAUGAUGCCAUAGCAAAAGAUAGUAACAAUAAGAAAACACCACCAGAACCAACUUCUACCACUAUUACAACUACUUCAACUACUUCUACUUCUAGAUUUAGAUUCCCCAGCCUAAAGAAGAUUACUCAAUACGUUAGUGAAAUCAUUGAUCAGAAUCCUGAACAAACCCGUCGCCAACGUAUAUCAGUACUUCAAGAAAAGAUUAAAAUAUUUGAGAAAUGUCAGAAUAUAAUGCUUGAAGACAUAUCGUAUAUAACUGAUGAAGUUAAUAAAGAUUUCCAGGCAUUCCAUAAAGAACAGUUAAAGAUGAUUUACGAAAUAUUAUUAUGUUACAACCGAUUUCUCACUGGUUGGGCUAAAAAGAACAUUGAAAUUUGGGAAGAGAUUAAAGAAGAAGUAUAUAAACUAUAA